AUGGCGGCGGUGGCCGUAAUGCGCAAUGACCCACUUCAGGCUUUCCUUGAGGAUCGAACUCCAAGCUCCACGCCAGAAUCCAUCAAAGGUUCUCCUCUGGCGCUGUUGGAAAACACCUGUAAUCGCAUUGGGCAUUCCCUUGUCUCUAUAUCCGUGGAGAACCACCAAUAUGAAAGGUCUCUAAGUAAACUUUUCCAUCCCUGGAGCGCCAGUGGAUCCACACGUGGGCUUUUCAGCUCUAAUUACGGAGUGAGACUGUCACAGCACCUCCAGAGCUCCUUAAAUCCACAUCACGAAUUGGACCCCGGUUACCAUUAUGACCUCCCAACCGUGAAGGUGUUGCCUUGUCCGGUGCAAUCUCUCCCAUCAGCAUGCUCUCCUUCCUUUGGCACUCUUCCGACGCCGGUUUCGACCUUCGUGUCCAAGCACACCCAACAGAGACACAUGGCAAGCGAGGAUAUCCAGUGGUGGACUCUACAACAAGAGCUUGGCACUGCCAAUCACGCGUCAACAGUCGCCUCGCAUCAUUUUCAGAUCCACCGCGGGUGGGUUCUGAGGCACGCUGAAUUUGGGCAGCAGUCCCAGUCCCAAAUCGCCACACUCCUGCACUCCAAAUCGGCCUUUAUCGGUGCGCGGAGAUGCAAGUGCCCUAAUUGCCAAAAGACCCCCGAUGAACCGGGCAGGAGAAAGCAACACUUGUGCAACAUGCCAGGCUGUGGGAAGGUGUACAGCAAAACGUCGCACCUGAAGGCGCAUCUGAGAUGGCACGCAGGUGAGCGCCCGUUUGUGUGCACCUGGAUGUUUUGCGGGAAGAGCUUCACGCGCUCUGACGAGCUCCAGAGACACGUGCGCACGCACACAGGAGAAAAGCGCUUCACGUGUCCGGACUGUUCGAAGCGCUUCAUGCGCAGUGACCAUCUGGCCAAACACCUGAAGACGCACCUGAUGAAGAAGAACAGACCGCCAUUUCCCAUGCUGGAUCACAUGAAGCACGAGAAUGCGAGGAACUUUUAAACAAAACUCUUAAGGUUGUUCGAAAUUAACUUUUGUAACUAAGCACUUAAGUAGACUUUAGCCUAUUAGAUGAUGGCAUUCAUGUUUCUGUUGGCAAAAACUCAAGAGGAACUCGUAAAUGUACACGUAAAAUCCUAAUAAAGACAUUACA